AUGGGAGUGCAGCGACCAUCCGUCGUAAGCCGCAGUGUUUCCAAUGAUUCCCUCGGUUCCACGACGAGCAAUCGAAGCGCCAAUGGACACAAAACGAGUCUCAAAGAGGUCACAAAUGCCACUGCGGGAACCACCAUCUUUAGCAACAUUCACGCCAAAGUGCAAGUCGAACAAGUCUUGGACAUUCACGAGAACGAAUCCAAUUGGUGGGAACGUUUGAUCAUUUUCCCAGGGAGCGUCUUUUACCGGAUUUGGUGGGUCUUUACGGUUAUUGCGACUGCCUUUACCUUCUUUUUCGAGACCUAUCAAAUAGGCUUUGGUCCGGGGGGGUUGUACCAAGCGAACGAUCCAAGCAGCAUUAUCAACUUUGCCCUCAAUUCCAUUUUUGGAUUGGACAUGGUGAUUUCCUUCAAUCUCGCCUUUUUCAACGAUCAGAACGAGCUGGUGUAUUCUCAUCGAGACAUUGCCAAUCAUUAUCUAUCCUUUUACUUUUGGAUUGAUCUCGUUGGAGUCAUGCCCUUUUAUCUCAUUGUCUUGAGGAUUACGGAACUCUACCGAGACGAUACCCAAUUGACGCAAUUUUUGUCACUGCUGCGAUUGCUACGGCUAGUCCGAAUGAGACGCGUCAAGCAGCUCUUUGAUAUCAUCAAGUUCUCUUCCAAAGUCAGUCUCAUUAGUUUGACUCUAAUCCGAAAUGGAGUGGCGGCCAUUUUGUGGGCCCACUUUGCCGCCUGUGCCUUUUUCUUUAUUGCCAAGCAAUACCAGUUUGACCCGGACAAUACUUGGAUUGGUGCUUUGGAUCAAGAUGCAAUGACUUCCUCUCAAGCCUAUAUCACUACCAUGUAUUGGAGUGUGGUGACAUUUACAACAGUUGGUUAUGGUGAUUUGUCCCCCAUCAACAAGGAAGAAAAGGUCUUUGCCAUGAUUUACAUGUUGCUCAAUAUUACCCUCAUGUCCUACAUUAUUGGUUCCAUUACUUUGUUGGUCGUCAAAAAUGACGAAGCUGCUGGAGUGUAUCGACAUCAUUUGCAGAUACUUUACAAGUAUUGCGCUCAUAAUAACAUCAUGGAGGACCUUCCGGCACUCAAAACACAGCUCAAGGUGGAAUUUGAUGUCCAAGGUGGAGAUGAAAUGAUUUUGAACAAAUUCCCAAAGACGAUGCGUCAAAAAGUAUUGUAUAAAUUAUACAGUUCCCCUCUCCAAGAUACCUAUUUGAUGGAAGGGAUUCGACAACAUUUCAUUACGGAUUUCCUCUCGGCCUGUCGGAUUGUCAUUUUUUCCAGUCAAGAAGAGUUGUUGACCAGAGGUGCCACCAGUUCGGAUCUUUUCUUUUUGGUGGAAGGCGCCGUCGAACUUUCGGCACCCAAGAAUCUUCGAAGUCGUCCAUCCUUCAAACGAGCCUUUUCCUAUGGCGACACCAACCAUAUCCCUACCGACCAAAAGUCACGAGUCUUGGACCGACGGGAUUUUAUCAAUGAAUUGUCCUUCUUUACCGAAUCGCCACAAAUCGAUACCGUCCGAACCUUGACGGUGUGCAAAAUGCUCAUGAUUACCAAACCGGAAUUCAUGUUUAUUGCUGACGAUCAUCCCAACAGUUUUGGCAAAUUGUUGAAAAAUCUAUGUCGCAAGGUCAAGCAAUUUCGAAAAAAUCAAGACAUGAUGCACAUGCCAACCUUGCCCGUCUGCAUGGAACAUUCCGAACUGCCACAAGAAGAAUGGAACAUGUCAGACUCGGAUGAUGAUAGUAAUGAUGAUGAUCACUUUCACGAUGGUGAUAGUACCAUUGAUGCCGAACAUCAUACCGUCAUGCACAGUUUGACGUCAGCCCAAAUUGAAGCAGCCUUGUCCACGGUCCAAGACAUGUUGGACAAUCACGUCACUCGACAAAAGGAUGAAAGUACGACUCGCUUUUUGUUGGCCGCCAGUCGAGACGAUGUGGCGACCAUUCGGCACAUGUGCAAUCGAGGCUUUGAUCCAGACUCGGCCGAUAUGGACUAUCGAACCGCCUUAAUGGUGGCCAGUAUGAAUGGCCAUUUGCGGACGGUGGAAAAGUUGUUGGAUUUUGGAGCCAAUCCUCAUUUGAAGGAUCAUCAUGGGACGUGUGCCAUGUUGGAAGCCAUUAACAAUCGACACGAUGAAAUCAUUGAUGUCCUACUGGAAGAACAUACUCAUCCAGAUAUGAAUUGGCUCAGUGAUGCUCGAGCCUCGGCGUUGUUGAAUCAAGCGGUUUUUGACCGAGAUCUUCCACAGCUACAGCGAUUAUUGAAAGCCAAUGUCAAUGUCAAUGCCAAAGACCAUGUAGAUCGGCGGCCGGUACACAUUGCAGCUGCCGAAGGCAACAUUGCUGAAUUUCAACUCUUGGUGGAAGCUGGAGCAGAUUUGGAUGUGAAAGAUCAUUGGGGCAAUACGGUAAUGGAAGAAGCCAAACGAUCGGGGAAUGCCGAAGACAUUAUGGAUUAUUUGCUACAGAGUACACUGUGUCGGUCGACGGCCAACGUCAGUGAGAGUAUGUUGUCCGUCUUGUCGGAAGAAGACAACGAGGACGAACUGACCAAUAGUCUUCGGGAAUCACCCUUGACGCCUUUGACACAACGGCCAUCUAUUUUGGAAUUUCCUUCGACGCCCCCAACGCCACGACGAUAUGCAGCAUGA